ACCCAAAAAACAAAAACAAAAACAAAAUCACACAAAACACAAAAGAUCAUUGCUUUUCUUCUCUUACAAUUAUUGGUGGUGGCUCUUCAACAGUCUUCUUGCUUUGCCUCUGAUACAUAUGAUAAUGGACUCCAUGGAUCCUUCUCGAGCUUUUGUCAGGAAUGUCAAGCGUCUCAUUGUUAAGGUUGGAACAGCUGUGGUUACUCGAGGGGAUGGAAGAUUAGCACUUGGCAGACUAGGGGCUCUCUGUGAGCAGCUUAAACAAUUGAACUCUGGAGGCUAUGAGGUCAUUUUGGUGACUUCAGGUGCAGUUGGCCUUGGACGCCAAAGGCUUAGAUACCGGAGAGUGGCUAACAGCAGCUUUGCUGAUCUCCAAAAUCCGCAUAAUGGCUUUGAUGGAAAGGCAUGUGCAGCUGUAGGGCAGAGCAGUCUCAUGGCUCUUUAUGAUACCAUGUUCAGCCAGCUUGAUGUGACUUCUUCUCAACUUCUUGUGACGGAUGGCGUUUUUAGGGAUAAAGGUUUCAGGCAGCAACUUUCUGACACUGUGACCUCAUUAUUAGAUCUGCGGGUUAUUCCUAUUUUCAAUGAAAAUGAUGCAGUGAGUGAUAGGAAAGCACCAUACCAGGAUUCUUCUGGUAUAUUUUGGGAUAACGACAGUUUGGCAGGUCUAUUGGCUAUGGAACUAAAAGCUGACCUUCUUGUUUUGUUGAGUGAUGUGGAGGGCCUGUAUAGUGGUCCUCCAAAUGACCCAAAAUCCAAGCUAAUCCAUACAUAUGUCAAAGAGAAACAUCAAGGGGAAAUAACAUUUGGAGACAAGUCCAGGCUGGGAAGAGGGGGUAUGACUGCCAAAGUUAAUGCUGCUACUUGUGCAGCUGAUGCUGGUAUACCUGUUGUUAUUACUAGUGGCAAAGCCACAGACAACAUCUUAAAAGUACUUCAAGGAGAGCGUAUUGGUACUCUUUUUCACCAAGAUGCACAUUUAUGGACUCUAGUUGGAGAUCAAGUUGGUGCACGUGAGAUGGCAGUUGCAGCUCGGGAAUGUUCUAGACGGCUUCAAGCCUUAGAAGCUCAUGAAAGGAGGAAAAUAUUGCUGGACAUAGCUGAUGCUUUGGAGGCAAAUAUAAGUGUGAUUAUGGCUGAGAAUGAAGCUGAUGUUGCUGCUGCAGAGGAGUCUGGAUAUGAGACGUCACUAGUGUCUCGUUUGGCUCUUGAACCCAAAAAGAUCUGCGCUCUUGCAGAAUCUGUUCGCAAACUUGCAGAGAUGGAAGAACCUGUUGGUCGCGCUUUAAGUAGAACAGAGCUUGCAGAUGGGCUCAUUUUAGAGAAAAGAUCAUGUCCUUUGGGUGUCAUUCUGGUUAUUUUUGAGUCUCGACCUGAUGCUCUAGUUCAGAUAGCUUCACUAGCAAUUCGAAGUGGGAAUGGUCUACUGCUUAAAGGAGGGAAAGAAGCCAAGCGAUCAAAUGCAAUAUUGCACCAGGUCAUUUGUUCAGCUAUCCCAGAUACUGUUGGUGACAAACUUAUUGGACUUGUGAUUUCAAGAGAGGAGAUUCCUGAUCUGCUCAAGCUUGAUGAUGUAAUAGAUCUUGUGAUUCCCAGAGGCAGUAAUAUGCUUGUUUCUAAAGUCAAGAGUUCGACGAAAAUUCCUGUUCUUGGUCAUGCUGAUGGAAUUUGUCAUGUUUAUGUUGAUAAGUCGGCUAAUAUGGAUAUGGCAAAACGUAUUCUUCAUGAUGCGAAGACAGAUUAUCCUGCAGCCUGUAAUUCAAUGGAAACACUUAUUGUGCACAAAGAUUUGCUUAGUAAUGGUGGGCUCAAUGAACUUAUUUUUGAUCUCCAACGCGAAGCUGUUACUCUAUAUGGUGGACCAAGAGCAAGCAGUUUGUUAAAUAUUGCAGAGGCAUGUUCAUUGCAUCAUGAGUACAGUUCAAUGGCUUGCACAAUUGAAAUUGUGGACGAUGUGUUUGCUGCCAUUGAUCACAUACAUCAAUAUGGAAGUGCUCAUACUGAUUGCAUCAUUACAGAAGAUACUGAAGUUGCUGAAAUUUUCCUACAACAAGUUGACAGUGCUGCAGUAUUCCAUAAUGCAAGUACCCGAUUCUGUGAUGGAUCACGAUUUGGAUUUGGCGCAGAGGUUGGCAUAAGUACGAGCAGGAUUCAUGCUAGAGGUCCUGUGGGAAUUGAAGGACUAUUAACAAUACGAUGGGUUUUGAGGGGGAGAGGGCAGGUGGUUGAUGGUGGUAAUGGAGUUACUUUCACACACAAGGAUCUCCCUCUAGAUUCCUAGUUGAGCAGGAAAAAAAUAAAAAAAGUUCAGGCACUGCAAAUUAUGGAUGUUUACCUUGUCAUGCUUUGUAUUAGUUUCUAUGAUAAAAGAAUUAUUCCCCUUUCUCGAUUCUGUUAAUCAGGAUCACUUUGGGGGCAAAACUUGUGUGUAAGGUUCCUUUUUUAAAUAAAUGAUUUUUAACCAUUCA